GUGAAAAGUAUCAAAGUGGAUAAAACUCUGGGGACUUUUCACUCCUUUUUCCCAUACAACAAUUCAGUUUAAUCUUCCAUUAGUUUCCUUUUUCAAAGUGUUCUCGUCUUUUUUUUUGCUUUUCUAUACCAAAAUAUAACCCUUUCAUUGAGGAUUUGGGAUUAAUUCUGCAGCUUAAACUAUCUUUUUCUACAUCGCAGUGGUAGUUUAUAAAAUUUCUAGUGGAAAUCCUCGAAAAAAUUGUUCAAUAAUCCUGAAACUGUGCAUAUCCUAUGUGGAAUUUAGAAAAAAGUGCCUUUAAACCACAACUCAAGGAAAAUUCUUCAAUUUGUGAAACUUUAGUGAAUAUAUCUGCCUUCCACCAACCCAGAAAACCACUUCAAGUGCCCGGAAUUUUCUUGGAUAAGUCUAUUAUUGCAAAAGGAUUUGUGAAAGGAUAUUGCAAAGUGUUACAAAAUAAAGAAAUAAGUGCAAAGGAAUUUUUUCAAAAAUUAUGAAUUCUUUAGAAGAAUCCAAUUGAUCUGUGUUGGACAUUUUCGAUCUCAAGUGAUAACCGCUAGUUCACUUUACGUAAGAAAUAUUAUUGAAAAGAUACAGAAAAAAAUGUGUUUAAUUUAUUAAGUGUAAUAGAUAUUUUAGUGGAAAAAUUAGUAAAAACAAAUUAUACAAUUAAAAAAAAUUGUGAGGAAAAAAUCAACUUUUUGAUAGUGCUUUCUGGAUUAAUUUUCAUUCUGUGGAGGCGUUUUUCAAUUUUUUUUUAAUAAAAAAAAUCUUCAGGAAUUGAUUUUAUCGAAUAAAUCAGUAUAGGUGUGUGUGUGUGAUCCACUUUGGAUUUAGUAGAAUUCAAACCUCAAGGAUACCUGCCGAAAUUAGAUGGAAAUGGCACCGCAACCAAGAAUAACGCCAAUAAAAGCAUACCACAACAGAAGCCAUCAGCCCUUUAGUAGCCCCUAUCAGCAAAUAUAUUAAGUGGCCAAGGAAUUAAAAAUGUGGCAACAUCCAUACGAAAAAAGCGCGUGUUGGUGUUCGAGGCUAAAAUAUUUGCUGUUUUAUGCAAAUGAUGUAAAGUCAUAAACACUUUGAGUAUCAGGCCGCGGAAAAACAUAGUUUUCCAUUGACAAUGUCACAACCGGGCGGAAAGAAGGGUGGUGGCCCAAAGGGGGCGGCCAAGAGGGCUGCAGCAGCAGCCAAAGUCGACGAUGACUCUGCUGCUGCCCCCACGGCCAAGGCUCCAGACGCUGAUGCCUCGAAGGAGGAUGCAGCGUCAGAUGGUGAUAAACGUGAUAAGGGUAGUGAGGGAGAUGCUCCUGCCAAGCCCCAAAGUGCAGGAGCCUCCACCAGAGAUGCCGCGACAAAGGUACUCAAUCUUGCCCUCAAGGGCGAGUGGACACCCGUAGAGCAAACCCUCAAGGCCCUGGAGAAGUCCAUCGCAAACGCUGGGGAGGACGCAAAUACAACACCAUUGGCUGGCGUCAUGGAUCCCACGACUGGAAUGACACCGUUGAUGAUGGCAGUUAAGGACAAUCGUACGUCGAUCUUGGAUCGUUUGAUCGAUUUGGGUUCAGAUGUUGGAGCCAGAAAUAACGAUAAUUACAAUGUUCUGCAUAUUGCUGCUAUGUACUCACGUGAGGAUGUUGUUAAACUACUGCUGAACAAACGUGGUGUUGAUCCAUUCUCAACAGGAGGAUCUCGUCAACAAACUCCCGUACAUUUGGUGGCUAGCCGACAAACAGGAACAGCGACCAGUAUCUUAAGAGCACUCUUGGCUGCAGCUGGAAAGGAUAUUCGACUGAAAGCUGACGGAAAAGGAAAGGUACCUUUGCUCCUCGCCGUGGAGGCUGGUAACCAGUCCAUGUGCAGAGAACUGUUGUCUGCUCAAACUGCUGAACAGUUGAAGGCGACAACAGCCAAUGGCGAUACAGCGCUUCAUUUGGCCGCUCGACGAAGAGAUGUUGACAUGGUGCGGAUCCUUGUGGACUACGGUACCAAUGUGGAUACGAGGAAUGGUGAUGGACAAACUGCCCUCCAUAUUGCUGCCGCCGAGGGAGAUGAAGCCCUCGUGAAGUAUUUCUAUGGUGUUCGAGCAUCAGCCUCAAUCACGGACAAUCAGGAUCGUACACCAAUGCACUUAGCUGCCGAAUAUGGACAUGCGAAUAUUAUUGAGAUAUUAGCUGAUAAGUUCCGUGCCAGCAUUUAUGAGCGCACAAAGGAUGGCAGCACGCUGAUGCACAUAGCAUCCCUCAAUGGUCAUGCCGAAUGUGCCACAAUGUUGUUCAAGAAGGGGGUGUAUUUGCAUAUGCCAAACAAAAACGGUGCCAGAAGUAUUCACACAGCAGCUCGUUACGGACACGUAGGGAUCAUCAACACCCUCCUGCAGAAGGGAGAAAAAGUCGAUGUCACCACAAAUGAUAACUACACAGCGUUGCACAUUGCUGUGGAGUCUGCAAAACCUGCUGUUGUGGAGACACUUCUUGGGUACGGGGCUGAAGUUCAUGUCUGUGGGGGUCGCCUUAGAGAGACACCACUGCAUAUUGCAGCCCGAGUCAAAGAUGGCGAUAGAUGUGCUUUGAUGCUACUGAAGUCAGGUGCAGCACCUAAUCAAACUACCGAUGAUGGUCAGACCCCUGUCCAUGUCGCAGCCAAGCACGGGAACUUAGGAGCAUUGAUGUUCCUAUUGGAAGACGGAGGUGAUCCUUUGUACAAAUCACUGACUGGAGAUACCCCUCUUCACCUGGCCUGCCGAAACUGCCAUCCAAUGAUAGUGCAACAUCUAAUUGAGAAUGUCAAGGAUAAGCAUGGUGCAGAAACAGCUACCAACUACAUAAACUCUGUUAAUGAGGAUGGAGCCACUGCCCUUCACUACAUUUGCCAUGUGCUAAAAGAAGAGGUUAAGAUACCGCAAUCUGAUAGGGAAAUUGUGCGACUUCUCUUGGAAAAUGGUGCAGAUGUUGGCCUAGUCACCAAAUCAGCAAAUGAGACAGCCUUCCAUUACUGUGCUGUGGCGGGAAACAAUGAUGUCUUGAGUGAAAUGAUAAGUCACAUGUCUCCUACGGAUAUUUCCAAAGCCCUCAACAAACAAUCUUCCGUUGGCUGGACUCCACUCCUUAUAGCAUCCCAUCGGGGACAUAUGGAACUGGUGAACACCCUCCUGGCCAAUCAUGCUCGAGUUGAUGUCUUUGACAUUGAGGGUCGUUCUGCCCUACAUUUAGCCGCUGAACGUGGUUACGAGCAAGUUUGCGAUGCCCUACUCACGAACAAGGCCUUCAUCAAUUCAAAGUCACGUGUUGGUCGUACAGCCCUUCAUCUGGCGGCCAUGAAUGGCUUCACGCACCUCGUGAAAUUCCUCAUUCGUGACCACAAUGCCGUGAUAGACAUUUUGACGCUGAGGAAGCAAACUCCAUUGCAUCUGGCAGCGGGAAAUGGACAAAUUGAGGUGUGCAAGUUGCUGCUGGAGCUUGGCGCCAAUAUCGAUGCCACAGAUGAUUUGGGUCAGAAACCCAUACACGUAGCAGCUCAGAAUAACUUCUCCGAAGUGGCCAAACUCUUCCUCCAGGCCCAUCCAAAUCUCGUAAAUGCAACCAGUAAGGAUGGGAAUACAUGUGCUCACAUAGCUGCCAUUCAGGGAUCUGUGAAGGUGAUUGAGGAACUCAUGAAGUUCGAUCGGCAAGGUGUAAUAUCGGCACGGAACAAAGUCACUGAUGCCACACCACUUCAGCUGGCAGCUGAAGGUGGUCACGCAGAUGUAGUUAAGGCACUUGUUCGUGCGGGAGCUUCGUGUACAGAUGAAAAUAAAGCCGGUUUCACGGCAGUUCACCUGGCAGCCCAGAAUGGUCAUGGGCAGGUUCUCGACGUCAUGAGGAGUUCUAAUACACUCAGGAUAUCCAGCAAGAAACUCGGCCUUACUCCACUCCACGUUGCAGCAUUCUACGGUCAACAGGACACCGUUCGGGAGCUGUUGCUGAAUGUUCCAGCCACGGUCAAAUCAGACCCACCUAGCGGAAAUUCUCUAGUUCCAGAAUUGGGGACAGAAUCCGGCAUGACUCCCCUUCAUCUGGCUUCAUACUCUGGGAAUGAAAACGUCGUACGACUCCUGCUGAAUUCAGCUGGAGUUCAAGUAGAUGCAGCUACAACUGAAAAUGGCUACAACGCCCUCCAUUUGGCCUGCUUCGGGGGACAUAUGAGCGUUGUAGGCCUGCUUCUCAGUCGCAGUGCUGAACUGCUUCAGAGUACAGAUCGGCAUGGGCGAACAGGGCUUCAUAUAGCAUCGAUGAAUGGACGGUAUCAGAUGGUUGAGGUGCUUCUGGGUCAGGGAGCCGAAAUAAACGUCAAUGACAAGAACGGAUGGUCACCACUUCACAAUGCCGCCAAGGCGGGACAUUUGGAUGUCGUUAGGUUGCUGUGUGAAUCCGGAGCUUCGCCAAAAAAUGAAACAAAUUACGGCUGUGCCCCAAUUUGGUUUGCCGCUUCUGAGGGACACAAUGAUGUACUGAAGUAUCUCAUGCACAAAGAACAUGAUACCUAUUCCCUCAUGGAGGACAAGAGAUUCGUCUUCAACUUAAUGGUCGUAUCUAAGUCCAACAACAACAAAUCAAUUGAAGAAUUUGUUCUUGUUUCCCCUGCACCAGUUGACACAGCCGCCAAAUUAUCCAACAUCUAUAUAAAUUUGUCAACAAAAGAGAAAGAGAGAGCAAAAGACUUAAUAGCAGCUGGAAAGCAAUGUGAAGCUAUGGCCACGGAAUUGUUGGCUCUAGCAGCUGGAGCUGAUUCUGCUGGAAAAAUUUUAACUGCCAUUGAUCGGAGAAACGUCGAAUUUUUAGAUGUCCUCAUUGAGAAUGAACAGAAGGAAGUGAUAGCUCAUACUGUUGUUCAGAGAUAUCUUCAGGAACUGUGGCGAGGAAGCCUCAAUUGGGCAGGAUGGAAAAUGAUGUUACUUCUUGUGGCAUUUAUAGUCAUCCCACCUGUCUGGAUAAUGUUCACCCUGCCACUUGGACAUAAAUACAACAAGAUUCCAAUUAUUAAAUUUAUGUCAUACCUCACAUCGCACAUCUUCCUCAUGCUUCACCUAAUGGUCGUAGGGAUAACCCCAAUAUACCCUGUUGUACGGCCUAAUCUUGCACCCUAUUGGUACGAAUGGGGACUCCUAGUAAUGUUGAGUGGACUUCUUCUAUUCGAACUCACCAAUCCCAGUGACAAAUCAGGCCUAGGCUCUAUUAAGAUCUUAGUGCUACUGUUCGGAAUGGCCGGGGUAGCGGUACAUGUAGCAGGGAUGAUCUGGGUAGAGAAGACUUACUGGCCUACUCUCAUGUACUGCCGGAAUCAGUGUUUCGCUCUCUCCUUCCUCCUGGCCUGUGUUCAAAUUCUGGAUUUUUUAUCAUUUCACCAUUUGUUCGGACCAUGGGCCAUCAUCAUUGGCAACCUCCUACAAGAUCUUGCACGCUUCCUUGCCGUCUUGGCGAUCUUCGUAUUUGGAUUCUCCAUGCACAUUGUGGCAUUAAAUCAAUCAUUUCAUAACCUAACGCCAGCAGAGAUCAGAAGACUGCCUAGAACCACUAGGGAUGCUGGAUACUUUAGCGAUGAUUAUGUAGGAGCAACUGUGAGGACCAAACUCAAAUAUCGCGAAGAUCGUUCGUAUUACACGGACUAUCGACGCAAACAUUCCACAGAAUCCAAAAUGACACCUUGGGUGGCAUUUGAACGACUGUUUUUCGCCGUCUUUGGCCAAACAACACCGGAUGACAUCAAUCCUAUGCGCGGUACCCGGCCAGAAUGGACAGAGAAUCUGUUUAAGCUCGUUUUUGGCGUAUAUUUGCUGGUCUCGGUAGUUGUUUUGAUUAAUCUCCUAAUUGCUAUGAUGUCGGACACUUAUCAGCGAAUCCAGGCACAAUCUGACAUUGAAUGGAAAUUCGGUCUAUCUAAACUAAUUAGAAACAUGCAUAGAACGACUACAGCUCCUUCCCCACUGAAUCUCAUCACCACAUGGUUUAUGUGGAUUGUAGAGCAAAUUAAGGCUAGAAUGACGAAGAGAAAGCGACCAAGUCUCGUCCAGAUCAUGGGACAAAUGAGGCAAGCAAGUCCACGAUCGAAAGCUGGUGCCAAGUGGCUGUCGAAAGUAAAGAAAGGUCAGGUGGCUCCAAAAGACUCAGUGGCACUUUCUGUGGUGCACCUGUCCUCACCUCUGGGAUCGCAGGUGAGCUUCAGUCAAAUGAAUCAGAAUCGUAUCGAAAAUGUGGCCGAUUGGGAGGCAAUUUCGAAGAAGUACAGAGCUCUUGUUGGAGACAAAUCCGAAGAUUCGGGAUCAAUGCGUGAUUCCGAAGCUGAUAACAAUUCAAAUGUCACCGAAGCUCCUCCUGCAGCUGCAGCAGCUGCUCAAAUGGGCAACAAUAUCAAUGCUGCACAGAAUCAAGUGUAAAAUUAUAGAUAUUGUGUGUAUUAGUUAAUUAAAAUUGAGAAAAAAGUGAAAAGUGCAAUUGAAAUAAUUAAAAAAAAACAAAUAUAAUUUGUUAGAAAUUUAAUAAGAAAAAAAGUGUAGAUUUUAAGAAAAUGUGUGGGCCUUCUGAAAUGUUUGUGCUUUAGUUAUAACAAUAUAUUCUAAAUGUGUAAAAACUGGUAAAAUCAAAUUUAUUAUACCUGUAUAGAUCAAAUCCAAUGAAAAUUCUUUUGUAAUACUCUGUAUGAGUUUGUAUUUAUGAUAUAAAAAUGCACAGUUUAGCUAAAUUUAUUAUAUUAUAAUUAGAUGAAUAAGAAAAAAAUCGAUUAUGGAAUAUACAAUUGUUUUGUA